GCUGCAAUCAUCCUCAAAAAUGAUUGGCAAGUUUCGAAGGUCGAUGAAGAACGACAAGGAGACGAAACCCCACCACAUAUCAAUACCUGCGAAAGAUCCUCUGGCCAUCGUACCACCUAAAAAGGUAUGCAUCUGUACAAUUAAGCUCCGAGUCGAUCUGGAAGAGGUAGCUAUUUCCAUUCUAGUCGCAAAGGUCUAACAUAUCGCGUCACUCCAAUAGGUUAUUAAAGCACUUUACGACUAUAAAUCUACUGAGAAUGAUCCUUCCUCUGGAUAUCUCAGCUUUUCGCAGGGCGAUUUCCUCCA